UUCUCCGCCUCUCGCCCGGAGCUUCACCAGAACUCCAUCAGCGACACCUUUAAUUCUCUUCUUCCCUUAACCCCGUCGCAUUCUUCUCAAUCGGCGAUGCCAUGUCUCUCCCUGGUCUAGACCUCACCCAACCCUCCGGGGACCGCGAGUUCGCCCCUGCCCCGCCAUCCCAGAUCAGUCUCUCCAAGGGCUCCGAGUGGCGGUUCGAAGUCGCCUUUGGCACGACCGUCCGUGUAAAGCUUCUAGCCGGAACCGCAGAACUCUUCGGCACCGAACUAGCCCCCUCGCAAACCUACACCUUCUCUGGUACCAAAGCCGCCAUCUACACCUGGCAUGGAUGCACACUGGAAGUCAGCGCCGGGGAGACUAUCCUGACGCUGGACGGCCUCGCCCCGGGGGGUGCGAAUGGGGCGACAGCCCGCGGACUCGGUGCGGGCGGGUGUCAGAGCGAAUACGUGGCCGAAGAAACGCCGAUGAUUGAAUACGCGAACGUGCAUUUUGCGCUGGAGACUCUACGACAGGAAGCUAAGGCGACGGGGAAGGAUGGUCCGCGGGUGUUGAUCCUGGGACCGGAGGAUGCGGGGAAGACCAGCUUGACGAAGAUUUUGACCGCCUAUGCGACGAAGAUUGGACGGCAGCCGUUGGUGGUCAAUUUGGAUCCGACGGAGGGGAUGCUCAGUGUGCCGGGUACAUUGACGGCGACGGCGUUUCGUACGAUGAUUGAUGUGGAGGAGGGCUGGGGAAGCAGUCCUAUGUCGGGGCCGAGUGCCGUGCCGGUCAAGUUGCCGUUGGUGUAUUUCUAUCCGAUGCAGAACCCGCUCGAGGCGGAUGGGUCGGUGUAUAAGUCGAUUGUGUCGAGGUUGGCGCUGUCGGUGACCGGGAGGAUGGCGGAGGAUGAGGAUGCCCGGGAGACGGGAAUUAUUGUUGAUACGCCGGGAAUCUUGAGUCAGAGUAAGGCUGGGAAUGUGGAGUUGAUCAAACAUAUUGUGACGGAAUUUGCGAUUACGACGAUCCUGGUGAUUGGCUCGGAGCGGCUGUAUAGCAUCAUGAUGAAGAACUUUGAUAACAAGCCUACGGCGAGUGCGUCGGCGGCAGCAUCAGAUGAGCGCAUUUCGGUGAUCAAGCUGUCAAAGUCUGGGGGAUGUGUGGACCGCGAUGCGGCGUUUAUGAAGGCUGUGAACGAGUCGCAGAUCCGGACCUACUUCUUCGGUAACCCGAUCCCUUCGACAGCAUCGGCGGCGCUUUCGCUGUCGGCGUCAUCGACGACGAACGUCACGCUGUCGCCGCAUGCGCAACAGCUGGACUUCGCGGCUUUGUCGAUCUACAACUAUACGAUUGCGUCUCUGGAUGAUGACGAAGACGAGUACGACCCGUCGCAACUUGGUGCUGGUGAUGCAUUCCUUCCUGGUGGCAGCAACGAUGUGGACCAGACUCCACAGAAGGAGGAGAGCCCGGCUGCUCCGACGCUGCCUGGCAUUGCUGGCGCGGUGAAGGAGACAGUGUCGCCGGCGGGGGCGUCAACCGUGCCAUUGAAGAAGCUCACAGCGCCGGCACCGGCUGGGCUGGCCAAUUCCUUGUUAGCCAUCACGCAUGCGGGGCCGACGGCCAGCCCAGCGGAUGUGCGCGACGCCAGCAUCAUGGGAUUCCUGUAUGUGGCGGACGUGGACGGCGAGAAGGGCAAGAUCCGGGUGCUGGCUCCAGUUGGAGGACGAGUUCCAGGCCGGGCGAUUGUAUGGGGGAAGAAAUGGCCAGGAGAGGUGGUGGGAUUAGUGGGGUGAUGUAUACUUGCAAUGGAGUUUGGAGUGAUGGUUCAGAUUCCGAUGCGAUACUUGGUACUCAAAUAUAAGUUACUACGAGACAGUAUAUCUGGCCAGAUGAUGGCCAAGCAGG